AUGCCUCCUUCGUCCUCCAUAACGCCGCUACCCCCGCACAAGCCAGACACAUACACGACGGCCCAUCACAUCGGCAAGCCACCCACAAGCUUCAAGAACCCAUGGCCCUCCUAUAAAAACGACGGCAUAAUCGCUGCCGUCCGAACGCGAUUCAGCACACCCAAGAACUUCGUCCCGAUUCCCGCCGACCGACUAGGCCUGGUCGACGUGCGCAAGCCCGACUUCAGCAACACGCAGAACGGGCUGAAGGCAACAUGGAUAGGACACGCAAGUUUCCUGAUCGAAACAACAGCUUCAGAGGGAAACGAGCGGGGAAUGCGCAUCCUUCUCGACCCCGUAUGGAGUGAGCGCGUAGGACCCUACGGUAUGGUCGGUCCUGUGCGGUUCACACCUCCACCAUGCACCAUCGACGAGCUCCCUGAAAUCGACGCUGUGUGCAUCAGCCACGACCACUACGACCACCUCGACUCGGAUACGCUGAAGAAGCUGAAUGCGAAACAAGGCGGUGACUUGCGCUUCUUCUGCGGAUUAGGCGUCAAGUCUGUUCUGACGGGGCUAGGCGCAGGCAUCAAGGCGGAUCAGGUCGAAGAGAUGGACUGGUGGGGUGGCAUAACCGUGUUCAAGAAGGGUGCUGGAGGCGUAGAAUUGAUAUGUACGCCUGCGCAACAUCGAUCUGGACGCACGCCCUGGAACUUCGAUGGUACACUAUGGUGUAGUUGGAUCGUCAAGGAGCCGUCUUCAUCUGGCAAGAAACUCUUCUUCGCUGGCGACACAGGGUACUGCCACGUUCUUUCCGACGACCAAUUCUCCCACCACGACGCGCCGCACCCGCCUUGUCCGGCUUUCAAAGAAAUCGGCGAGUUGUACGGACCUUUUGAUCUGGCACUUGUACCUGUGGGUUGCUUUAAGCCGAGGUCUGUUUUGUCUGGUCAACACUCUAGUCCUGAGGAUUCUUUGGCUAUACACAGGGAUGUGAGGAGUAAGAAGAGUAUAGGCAUGCACUUUGGCACGUUCCGUGGUCAGUACUCGGCCAGCUUUGAACCGGUUACUGAGCCGCCUGAAAGAUGGCGGAAGGGUGCUGAGGCAGCUGGGUUGAAGUGGGGUGUUGAUGUUGAUUUGUGUGAUAUUGGCGGGACAGUUGUAGUUUAA